UUUAUGCAGUAGUAGUCAGGCAUCAACAUGGCGUUAGCGGCGGUAGCCAAGCGCUGUGCAUCCUCUGCAGUUUUCAGUAGAUCUUUGUCAUUACCAGAGCUCAGAUCAGCCUGCUCUUAUCAUAAAAAGGUGGUGGACCACUAUGAAAACCCCAGAAAUGUUGGUUCCCUGGACAAAAAUGCCAAAAAUGUAGGCACUGGUUUGGUAGGCGCACCUGCAUGCGGGGAUGUUAUGAAACUACAGAUUCAGGUGGAUGAAAAUGGCAAGAUAGUAGACGCCAGAUUUAAAACAUUUGGCUGUGGCUCAGCCAUUGCUUCCAGCUCACUGGCCACAGAGUGGGUGAAGGGAAAAUCUAUUGACGAAGCCCUGAAAAUAAAAAAUACUGAGAUUGCCAAAGAACUUUGUCUACCACCAGUCAAACUUCAAUCGCCGGAUCGGCUUUCACCACUGUGA